AAUAUUGGUGCGAACGGACCUAGCGUUUCCCUGGGCAACCGCAGACAAGUCCCGCCCCGGGCUUCUUUGAUUGGCUCUUGUACCCAGAGGCGUGUAUGAUUGGUUUACACAGCUGUCAGUCCUCUCAAGGAGCAGCAUUAUUUUGACCGUCUUUUCCCCGAGGAAGUGGCAGGGUGAAGUGAAAAGAGUGGAGUGGAAGAUAAGAGGUUGCAUCUUGCAAAACAGCUGGGCUCUGUCGACUCUUACAAAGGGACGGCGUUUCCCGAGAUGGUGAGCCGCCUGUAUGCACUACUAGUGUCUUCAUUUGAAGGCUACCUUGACUUCUUCUGAAGCUGUUAUCAGCCUUUCUAUUGAGGAAACCCCAACAUGGAUCCGAUCAAGACCUCCUAUGUGAGGUUGAAUGAGGAGAAAGUUAUUGCAAAGUCUGACAUAUUGUCCCUUCUAAAAACGUACAACUGCUACCACGAGGGAAAAAGCUUCCAGCUUCGCAUUCGUGAGGAAGAGGGCGAGCUGAUCGUGGAAGGUUUACUCAACAUCUCCUGGGGCCUGAGGAGGCCAAUCAGACUUCAGAUGCAUGAUGACAACGAGCGUUUUCGCUAUGCUUGCAUGGGUCCGUGGAGGUCAGAGAGCCCAGAGUCCAGCAGAAAUGAAAAUGCUAAGCACCAGUUUUGUUCAGAGCCCAACAACAACAAAAUAAGUGCCGCACUUGUAUCCAAUGUGGAUGGAGUUGAGGAGGACAUUCCUCAACUGCUAAGAACGAGAAGCGACGCCAGCUUUGUGAACAUCCAAAGAAGAUCCAAACUCCACAGCACUUCUGAAUCCCAGCGGAUAAAAAGACACCGCUUCUCCAUCAAUGGCCAUUUCUAUAACCACAAAACAUCAGUUUUUACUCCAUCAUAUGGGUCUAUGACUAAUGUGCGAGUGAACAGUAAUUUGACAACACAGCAAGUUCUGAACCUGCUUCUUAAUAAGUUUCGGGUAGAGAAUAAGACAGAUGAGUUUGGUCUCUACCUAGUCCAUGAAUCAGGAGAGAGAACAAAACUCAAGGAUACAGAAUAUCCUUUAGUAUCUCGCCUGCUGCAUGGUCCGUGUGAAAAAAUUGCCAGAAUAUUUAUUAUGGAAACAGACCUUGGUGAGGAGAUUACAUAUGAUGUUGCACAGUAUAUUAAGUUUGAAAUGCCUGUUUUGGACAGUUUUAUCAAGAAACUGAAGGAGGAAGAAGAAAGAGAGAUUUUAAAACUGACAAGAAAAUAUCGUGUGCUGAAGUCAGUGAUAUUGCAGAAGUUGGAUGGCAUCUCUGAGAAUGCAAGUUAUGUGUGAGGAAAAUGUGCUGAGUUUUAGGUUAGAGGCAUUUUCUCUGUUGUUGAGCCACAGGCUGAUAGCUUUUAGAUUUGUGUUUUUAUUCUUAGUCAGUGCAAUAACUAGUGUAUGGGAAGUAUAGGGUACUGGUAACUAGUAACUAUGUUGGCUUGAGAAACUACUAUUAAAGCUUCUUCUUCUGAUGCUGAAUUUCUAAAUACAAAGAACUGUUAGAAACAUGCUAGCAACGCAUGUUAAACCUGCUAGUAUAAUGUUAAUUUAUGUUAGCUUAUUAGCCAACUUGCUAGAAAGCAUGUUAUCAAAAUGCUAAUUCAUUUUAACAAUGUGUUAAAACAGACUAGGAAAACAAAAUAUAAACAUGUUAAUCGCAACAUACCAACUGUGUGCUAAGUAAUUUAGAAACAUGCUAGCAACCUGGUAAAACAUGUUAGAAAAUGCAGUUAACAUGCUAAUUUAUGCUAGUAAUAUGUUGGAAAUUGUUUCUUUCUAUACAUUUCACUUAACUUUUAACUUACAAAGUUGAAUAAAACUUUCUCAAGCCAACAUAAGUUUGUCCCAACUACUAUUUAAUUGUAUUUUUACAGCUGUAAGUACUUUUACCCACAAUUCUCAGGCAUUCAAAUUACCUAGAAUGUUCUUUUAUGAUGCACUUGGGAUUUUAAAAAACACACUAUUGUAUUUUUAUUAUAAUAUCCCAUACAAUAAUCAAUAAUUAUUCAUGGUUUCAUUAAUGUAAAAGCGUAGAAUGUUAUUUUUAGCAUACUGAUUUCUAGUUGUCUAAACAGUUUCACCACAAAAACCUUGGUUAGACUAUGGUUAGUCAUGGUUUGUUCAUAAAAAAGAACAUGGUUUGUAAAACUGUGGUUACUUUUUUUAAGGGAUGUUAAACUUGAAAUAUAUACUCGCCUGACAAGUUUCUACAGUUAGAAUAUUACCUUUUAUACAUUUAAUAAAAUAAAAUUAAUAUAUAA